AUGCCUGAUCAGGAAGGGGUCAAGCCACUGAAGAGGCAGCUGAACACCAGCUCCCAGCCACAGAACACAGGCGCACUCCUCUUGCACCUGCUGCCACCCGUGAUGGAUGGAGCAGUCACAGAAAGCAAAGAACAGCGUCCAAUCCAUUGUUUCCAGUGGCUGCCUCCAAGAGCAAUGUGGCUGGAGAACUCUGGUAAAGGCAUUCCUGGGGAGAAGAGACUGCCAUUUGCUUCUCAUAUCUACUACCCAUUACCACACCCUGCAUCACCACAUUAUCAGACAGGGAUACCAGGGUCCAAAUUUCCUGUGAACUUCCAAAGCAGUGGCAAUUUCUUUGGCAACAUGCUAGCCAAUCCGACUGUGAUUCCGGCCUUUAAAUUCCAGUCACGGCAAGAAACUAUCGACUGGAGACGGUUCAGUGCCAUUGACGUGGAGAGGGUAGCUCGUGAGCUGGAUCUCAGCACCCUCCAGGACAAUAUCAAGGGCGUCACUUUUUGCAACCUGGAUGGAGAGAAGUGCCCCUACUGUCAGCAGCCAGUAGACCCCGUUCUCUUAAAGGUCCUUAAGAUGGCCCAGCUGAUCAUCGAGUACCUGCUGCACUCCCAGGAGUGCUUGAGCGCAAGCUUGGCACUUCAGGACGGGCAGCUCCAGGCAGCUCUGGAAGACCAAAAGCACCUCAAAUGUGACUUGGAGAAGCAAGCUGAAGAGCUGAAGAAUGUUAAGGAAGAGUGCAGGAGGCGGAAAAAGAUGAUUGCCAGCCAGCAGCUGCUCUUGCAAGCUGGGGCCAAUAACUACCACAAGUGCCAGCUCUGUGACAAGACCUUUAUGAACUAUGCCUUUCUUCAAGGCCACAUGGAGAGGAGGCACCCUGAAACCACUGCAGCUGAAAAGGAGAGGAAGAAACAAGUGGAACUGAUUGAAAGUGAGAUUGUAGACCUGAAAGCCAAGCUGAAGGAGACCCAUGCCCAGCUGGAGGCUGAGAGACAGUCCAGGGCUCAGGAAGCAGAAAGUGUUAACCAAAUUGAAGAAGAGAGAAGGAAAAAAUUUGAGAGAUGGAAGGAAGAGGAGAGGACAACAUUUCAAAAGGAAAUGGAAGACCUCAGGCAACUGUUCCUCACUGAAUUCAAGGAUAUUUCCAGCAAGAAUUCCACCUUGGAAGGGAAACUCCAAGAACUACAAGUCAAGAAUGUCAUGGUCUCCAAUCUGGGGACACUGCAGGAUGACGAUUGUGUUGAUAAACAACAGUGGAGGAAGACUCAGAAGGAGCUACAGGGAAUGAAAGCAAAUAUUGAGCAACAGAAAACAGAGUGGAAGUGGAAACUGAGGGAACUUCAGAGAGAACACCAGAGAGAGAAGGAAGGGUUGAAAGCUGAGAAUGAGAGACUCCGUGCCUCCUUGUCUUCUGGCCAAGGGAAAAUGGCUGAGCACAACAAGCAGCAAAUGGCAUCGUUUACUGCACAACUCAGGGAACAAGCCAAGAUCAUCCAAUCUCAAGAGAAAACAAUUAAGCUGCUGUCUUCCAGCAAAGCCAGAGAAAUCCAGGAGGUUCCUAAGUCAGAGAAAUCAGAAGAGUCCUCCGAAGAAGAACUGGCAGAUUCAGUGGACUGGAAGAAGAGGGCUCUAGAAGCACUGAGGAGGAAUCCAAAUCCGAAACAGUUCCGGACAAUUUUGGAAGAGAUCCUUGAAGAGAAACUGGAGAGAAUGGGAGUGAAGCAGGGUACAAAAGGUAUCCCAGCUGAAACCUAUCAACACUUGAAAAAAGGGAUUAAAAUCCAGCAACAACAGAAGGGCAACACAUUUCCCCAUUUCCUUGAAUUGAGAAACCAACUUGAGCAAGAAGUGAAAAAAAGAAUCCGUUGGGAUCAGAAAAAUGAAGAGAGCAUGCCCCUGCAAUUCACAGUCCGCUCAGGUAAAAACCAAAUGAGUGAACAUGCUCCAAUCCAGGUUGCAUCUUCCAAGCAAAGGAAGGAACAGGCUGAAUUACAAACUUAUGCCUCAAAGGUACCCAUACCAGCUCCCCGGAGCAAAGGUAGUUCCUUGGCUAGUUUCAUGGAAUCUCCCAGGUUACCUUCUCCAAAGCAAGCCAGGAGCAGCCCAACUUCCCCGCAGCACUCUGCUGUUCAUCAUCCCAGCACGUCACCUUUCAGCUCUGAAGAAGAAGAGUGUGAGAAAAAUCCAAGUGUUACCUCUCCAAAGCUCACACCCCUCAAGAGAGAACCAGAAUCUUCCAGAGUAGCACAGAUAGAGGAGAGUGAGUGGGAUUCAUCUGAUGUAGAUUCUUCUGAAAGGAAAGAUAGUUCAAGAAGAGUUCUUUCCACCACAGCAGCAACAAAUUCAGAAACUAUGGUGCAAUCAAUGGCGAAACACCUGGAGCGGACACUGAGUGCUCCUAGAAGAAAACCUCCUGGUAGAGUGAAGCUCUUUUCUGUCGAAACUGAGAAAGUUCCUACGCCCAGAAACUCAUCUAAAAAACUUCAGUUAAUUGAACAGGAGGGCAGCGACUUGGAGAUUUCUUCCUUGGAGGAAGUCACCCAGCAGGACACCAAAAGCUGGCUGAAAAAGCAGCAAGAUGCAAGGAAUAGCCAGAAUUUGCCUCAGUCCCAGGGAAUCAGGCUCUGGAGUUCCAGCAACCCCAGGAAUGAUGCCUGGUGA